AUGGACUUGGCGACCGUACCACCGGAGCUUGAAGAGCUCCUCAUCUGCAGCUGCUGCCAUCUGCCCUUCAACGAUAACGAUGCCCUGCCCAAGCUGUUCACGUGUCGCCACUACUUCUGCCUCAAAUGUGUCAAUUCAUUGCUGCGCGAAGGUAGCGAUGAACUCUAUUGCGUACACUGUUGGAAACGCACCGAACUGCAAGGACCCGAGCCACGCACCGAUAGUCUCCCCACCUACAAUGCGAUUUUGUAUCUCACCCAAAAUUUGACUUCGCUCUGCUUGAAAAUGAAAGCCGGCGAACGUGACCGCCAGCAACGUUCCUCGUCGAUUGCUUCGAAUGGUUCAACUGGUGCGCUCAGCGGGAGUGGCGCACUAAAUAGUAACACUAACAACAACGACGGCAGUAAUGGCAAUCUGAGUAGUAUUGGUGUUGCCAGCAACAAUAAUGUAGACAAAUUGAAAAUGACCGAAAAUUGCAUGACACAUGCCAUGCCGAAUACAUUGUGGUGCAGUGUUUGUAAUAUUUUGCUUUGUCGCGCCUGUGCCGCCACCGAAGAGCAUCGUUCGCAUUUGGUCAAGAAUAAAAUCGAAGCUAAAGAAUCACUACAUACCGACAUAUCAAACGAACUGCUCGGCAUGCAGAAGACGCUCAACGAUGUGCAACAUCUGGUAUUGAAGCAACGCGAUUUUCUGCUCAAAAUAUUAGAGAGUUGCACUACGCUCAAGACGCAAAUUGAAUCGGAGUUAAUUAAUCACAUACCCACCCUAGAAAUUGCGGAAAUACGUGAAAAUUUAUGCAAGGCUCGAAUAUGCCUCGAAAUGCUGGACAAGCAAACGCCCGCCGAGGCAAUGAAACUCUACACGACGCUGCACGGCGAGAAGCAGCGCCUCAUGGCCAAGUAUCAAGAAAUGUUCCUACAAUGCAAGCUCGACGAUAUGAUACGCAAUUGCGGUUAUGUUUUCGAUUUUGAUCUGAUCAAACAGGCGCUCGUGCAAAUGCAUAAUUGUGUGCUCAACGGCGGCAAUUUGGAUAAUUUUGGUGUGGGUUCAGUGAUUGGCGGUUUGAAUGGCAUUACUGGUAGCCAUCAGAAUCCUAUUUUACUCUUGGCCAACUACUGCAUUUCUCAAUUGUACUCGCGACACAUGUUGCUGCUCAAGCAGCAACAGCAACAACAACAGCAUGCACAACACCAACAACAACAACAGCAACAGCAGCACCAGCAGCAACAGCAACAGCAAAAUUUGCUUACCAACGGCCUGCUCACGUCCAUGAUAUCGCAAGUAAGCCUCGCCACGUCUAUCAAUGGCAAUCUAACCAGCUCGAAUGCCAAUUUUACACACGCCACAUACGCACAGGCGCUGCAACAGAAUCAACCGUCGAGCAACAGUGCAGCGCAGCAACAGCAGCAAGCCAACAAUCCGUCGUCGCCCGUACACAAGACAUACGCCGACAUCAUUGCACUCUCCAACAAAUCCACUUCGAGCUUGCACUCUGCUGCCCAGCAGCAGCAGCAGCAGCAACAAUUGCUGCAACAACAACAACAAUCAACGGGCAGUAACUACACAGAAAUCGCUCCAAUCGGCACACCGGCCACAACCACAGCCACAUCGGUAGUUGUUGGCGCACAGCGUAGCAGCACCGCUUCACAUCUCUUUUCCAGCAAUGACCUCAACGGAUUAGGUUUAAGCCUCUUGCAUUUGCAGCAACAACAAACUGCUUCCAAUUCGCAGCAACAACAAACGAAAUCAACAUUGUUACUCAAUCCCAGCGUACACGUCUACCCGAUUUACUAUUUUAAUAUCGAAAUUAACGGGCAACAUUCGGGACGCAUACUCAUAGAGGUGCGCAGCGAUGUAGCGCCAAAAAUGGCUAAGAAUUUCAAUGCACUCGCCACGCAAGAGCUCGGCUAUGGCUAUAAGGGUUGUCACAUAUUUCAAUGCUGGGAAAAUGAAAGUAUUAUUACCGGUGAUUUUGAAUUGAACAAUGGGCGUGGCGGACGUUCGGUAUACGAUGAGGGCUUCUUCAUGCCAGACGAUACCAAAAUACUAGCCAUACGCGGUUCGGUUGGCAUGCGACGCAGUCAAAAGCGUCAUGAUAAUCUAGGACUUGUAGGUUCACAGUUCCGUAUAAUUUUAAGAGAGAUGCGUGGUUUUACGGGCAUUUUCGCUUUUGUGGUGGAGGGUUUGGAUUUGGUGGAGAAGAUAUCACAAACGGGUGAUGCGACUGGCAAGCCGCAGAGUAGUGUCGUUAUUGUUAGUUGCGGCAAGUAUCAGUUGGGUUAGGCGUAUAGCUUUUAAGAAAUUCGAUAGCAGAAUAAGCCGAAAAGUAUACAAUUUUGGUAAGCGAACGUUUGCGAUUUUUUUUUUAUUUAUGAAAGUAUAAGGUUUUAAUACGAGUUUUAGUUUAGAACGAUAAAAGGACGGUGUUUGCAUAUUUCAGAAACACGAAGUUAUUGCAGGGAGUGUGUGCAUGUAUAAGCUGAGCGCCAUAUUAUUACAGCGAAAUAUUGAUAUAUUUUCUUUCAUAAGCAAUCGCAUACAGUGGGUGCCAUCAGAACAUUGGAUCUCAAGCAUAAAUAAAAAGUGAGCUUUUCGCAAUAAAGGCUGUACCGAACGGCACUUUUUUUUUGCACAGCUGAAGCGCAGAUAUUUAGAGGCGGAGUUGUUCAGUCAGUCAGCUAAGCGUUCGCGUGGACAACGUGAAUUUUUUUCUUUUUACAUCUUUUAUGUUCGAAGUCGUUUUCUGCUUUUGUGUUAUUGAACCGAAUUUUAUCCAACAAAAAUAAAAUUUUGUUAAAUUUCUGUUGUUCGCCUUUUUUAUUUUUGGUCGUUGAAUACUUUUGUGCCACCACUUUGAGAACAUUUGAGGAAUUCAGACUUAAAUUAUGAAAGUAGCAACUUCACGAGUUAUAUUCACAAAAUUACGGUCAAUGGAGAUAAUUUGCAAACGAAAGUAGUUUGAGAGAAGCUAGCACAGAAGAUGUUGAGGCUUUAGGAUUAGUUAUACCUCCCAUCACAGCGGUAAAUGGAGUGUCCAUUGUAAGAGAGCUUGCGCAAUUCGAAAUGAAGAAUAAUCUUCCUGUUAGAUUUUUUUUUCUAAUAUUGCUAAGGCAAAUGUUUAUCGAAAUCGUUAGACGGCUCGAAAAUAAAACUAUGAAUCACAUUUUUCUUGUAUUACCGUUUUUUUGUUUUAAGGAUAUGAUUACGAAAUAUUGUUGCAUGAAAACUCAAAACAGGAACAAUAAGAAAAAAAUAUAUAUAAACUAUAUAUAACUACAAACAUACAAAGUUUCAUUUAAGACUAUUUUGAAAACAAAAACAACCGAAAUGACUUAAAUAAUUUGUCACCGAAACAAACAUACAAGAACAAAGUGAAAACAUCUAGGGAAUUUCUACUCAUGGAGUAGUAAGCGUCAUUUUAGCACUUUUGUAGAGCGAUGAACAAAAAACCAAAAACAACUAUACGAUGAAUAGUUAAAAUACGGAAAUACUACGAAAAUCUUCUACAACUACUUACAUGCAUAUUAGGGCGGUGCUUAAAAAAAUCAACAUAAUGGCGCAGCACUUUGAACAUAUAUAAGAAAAUUGCAAAAUUUAAAAAAAUUAGGGCACACUACCCGGGUUUGCAAAAUUGAAAUUUUUUUAAAUCGAAAAAUUCGGCAGCGAUAUUUUGAAUUUGUAUGAUUAAAUUUGAAUACGCUGAGCUAUAGUUGGUCAAAUUGCAAGUUUUGUCAAAUUUUUGCGUGUAGGAAAAAUUAAAA